AUGGUUUCUCAUAACUCCAACAAUCAUGACACUUUGGAUGGCUACUCUGAUCUCAACAAUGAUUCCAAUGAGAUCCCUGUGAAUAACACGCUGGCAACAAUCCAUUUGAUUCGCACCAUUAUACAAUUAUCAACAAAGAAGAUUAAAACAGAGUGCAAGAAUAUAGUGAAAAGGUUAAGCUAUAAAUAUAAGAUUGAUAUCUCAAAGAUUCAUAAUACUUUUUUUAACGGUAGAAGCUAUAUCAAUGAGCUUAGAAACGAAAUUUUCAACACAUUAACUCAAGUCAAUAUUACACAAGAUCUAACAACAUUCAAACCAAAUUACAAAAAAAUCAUCAUUCCAGCGCAACAACUAAUCACAAGUCUGAUAUUCAAUCCUGCUCCUUCAGAACACUCUGAAUCUUUGGAAAAAUGGCUAAUAAUUAUCAACGAUCUCGAUACAUUAGAAUUAGGUCAUAUCAUCACUUGCACUAGCGACUAUAAACUAAAAACAACUACAGAAUUACCAAUUGAUACCGUGAUACCUGAAAAGAUCGUUAUCAACUUAAUUGCCAAAUUUGUUUGUGAAAUUGACCAAUAUCUAAGAUUUUUAUUUUAUGAUGAGUUUAAUUGGAAAGUCUUUAGACCACGUCAUGUGGAAACAUUUGAAUUGAACGUUUUAACACCAUACAUGGAUAAUUUACACGAUUUAUUUUUAGCUAUCCAAUCUAUUGCAAUAACUAAAGAUGAUAAGCUAGUUAAUCUUGAGUUGAUGAAAAUUUUACAAGUAGUUGAGAAUGAGAAAUCAAAUGAAGAAGAUCGUGCCAAAUUUGAGCUGAAAGAUGACAAUCAAAAAAUGGCCUUCUUGCAACAAAAGCUUGCCUAUAAAUUUGAACAUUUAAGAAUGGACACAACUUCAGAGGAUGAAAUUGCCAACUCUUAUUUCAAUCUUAUUAACUAUUCUUUUGUUGAAGAAGCCUUGAGUAUUACAGUUCUUGAUGAUAAAUCAAGAAUAAAAGUUAAUGAACUUCUUCAUUUAUCAUUAACUCCAUUACCAUCAAAUCCCAAAAAAGGAAAUAUUCGUUUUGAUAUGGGGAAUUUUGGUGAAUUAUUUUAUAAGUUGGAAUUACCUAAAGGAUCAGGUGAAAUUGUUGAAAAUGAAGCAUAUAGAAACAAAUUACAACACAGGAAGCAAUUUGCUGAACAACUGAAAUCUCAAUUUUCUCCAUCUUCGUCAUCAACUUCACGAUAUUAUGACACUUAUAAAUCAAAACCAGAUACUGUUGAGUUAUCACCGGAACAUAUCUAUCAAAAUUAUUUGAAUGGGCUACAACUUGGUUUUAAUUCAUCAUAUUGUUCAUUUUGUGAAUUAAUUCAUCUUCCAAAUCAACAUUUUUAUGAUACAACAUUUGGUAGAAAAGUGGAAAGAAUAAAUUCUAAAUAUUAUAAUCAUGGAAUUGCAUUAAGUUCAAUUUAUUCACAUCCAACUUCAAAAUGGUCCCAACUAGUUUCAAAAUAUGGACAAAAGAGAAACUUUAAAGUCACUGUACCCUUGUUCGAAGAGAGUAGACAGUUUUUCACUAAAACUUAA